AUGUUGAACUUUCCAUUCCCUUUGCUUACCACAGGAACCUUCAGCAUGGAGAUAGGUACUGCAAGGUGUUGUAUUGGCAAGCAAGUACCAUGGUUCUCAUGGAAUUCACGAACGUUAGAUGGGGAAAGUAUCCAUAAGCUCCCUUAUGAUGUGGUUGGUUGCAUCAUUAAGCCAAACAACCCAAGGUUGGCUCAUUCUCAUCAAGGCUUUGUUAGAAAAAAAUGGAUGAGCAAUGUAUUGUGGAGAACAUAUACCAUGCCUUUUAGUUUGGAAGAAUCUUCAUCAGUACAGCCAGAAGAUUAUUCAGUUGAUGAAGAGAAUACAUCUGAGGAUUCACCAGAAGAGCCUCUUGAUCAACCAUUGAGUAGUGAUGAGUUGAAUGCACUGCUGCUUGAUUCUCAGAGAGAAAAACUUACAAAAAAACUAAGUGAAGCCAAUCAGCAAAACCGGUUUCUCAAACGACAGCUCCAUGUAACGGAGGGUGCUCUCGUUAACUUCAAAAGUGAACUUGCUGCGAUAGAACUUGAAAUUCAGGGUUUAGUCAUGCUCGCUGAAGAAAUAGCUCAAUAUGAAAUUCCAGAAGGGUCAAGAAAGAUAAAAGGGAAAUACAUACAAUCUCAUCUUCUUUCCUGCUUAGGAGCUCUACAACGAAAAUUGAAGCAACAAACAAAGGAUGUGGAGGCUGUGCAAUCCAAGGAGGUUUCCUUGCUCUGGUGUGGCAUGGCAGAGUCUGUGCAAGUAAUGGGCACCUUUGACGGUUGGAGUCAAGGGGAACACUUAUCACCAGAGUAUGAUGGUUCUUUCACCAAGUUCGCAACAACAUUAAUGCUUAGACCUGGAAGGUGUGAUUCUAUUGAUCAGCUACCCAGAUUCUAUUCAGUUAUUCGGUAUGAAAUCAAAUUCUUGGUGGAUGGAGAGUGGCAAUUGUCUCCGGAGUAUCCUACCGUCGGCGAGGGACUAACAGAAAAUAACUUGCUGAUUGUUGAGUAG